UCCCAACAAUCUUAAAAUAAAGCUUACAUGCCAUUAAAAAAAUACAAUUAUAAUAUAAAUAAUAUCCUUCCAAUUAAACUGCUCACUGAACCAAACACUUUCAUGUUCUAAAAUCAAAUCGAAUCUCCGGCGACCGUUUUCCAUUCGUAUUAAAGUUCUUUCAGCUCAGCGCGUGGUCCUCAGUGAGUCCCUGCACCUCCAUUAAUUCCUCCUUCUACCUCCACAACAUUUUCUCUCUCUUCUCCACCACAAUAAAACUCUCGCCUUCCUUUUCUCUCUUUCUCUCUCUUCUCUUCCCUCUCCAUUCUGCUUUCUUCCUCCCACCUCUCUUUCCCCUCGUCUCCCGCAUCCAUCACUCGCAAUAAAUGCAGUAGCUGGGAAAACCCACCCGCAUCCCCAUCGCCAGCAAUUACCAAGAAAACCCGCAGAAAAAAAUUAACCGACCCGGUUCCUUCGAUCAUGCCACAAAACCCUCUUUUUCUCCUUCCUCAAUGUCCUCCUACUCCGCCGCCGCCGCUCUUCCCGCCCCCUCUUCUCAACCUUCCUCCUUCCUACGUAGCCUCAGCAAUCUCGGAUUAGGCUAUGCUAUAGCUAUCGCACUCGGCCUUCUUGUCCUACUCUCCACUCUCCUCCUCGCUUCCUACGUCUGUUGCCGCGCCUCCUCUCGCCGCCGGCGAUCGUCAUCAUUCGAUGCUGAUUCACUCGGAGGCGUCGUUCUUCCGCGCAUCAUUUUUGUACCAGAGGAUGACGAGGAAGAAGGGCGGGAUAAUACAGUGUUGGCCGCGGCUUCCGCGGUUGGGCUUGAUCCGAUCGUUAUUGCAUCUUAUCCCAAGUUUCAGUUUUCGGCCGCGGCUGAGAAGGCCAAAGGAAAGGGAGAGGGAGAGGGAACUUGCGCCAUCUGUCUCUGUGAGUAUAGGGAGGCGGAGAUGUUGCGGAUGAUGCCGGAUUGCGGCCAUUCUUUUCAUCUCAUGUGCAUCGAUGCUUGGCUUCGUCUCAACCCUUCUUGUCCGGUUUGUCGUAACUCGCCCUUGCCGACUCCGCAAUCGACUCCGCUUUCUACUCCGCUCUCUGAGCUCGUUCCUCUCUCCCAAUUCGCCGGAGACCGCCGCCGGAGGUGAUGAUUUUGAUGCCCUGUGUUUUCUUUCCAUCUCUUGUUUUUAUAUACAGGUGUGUUGUUUCUGUGAUCAGGGAUUUUUUUUUUUUCUUUUUUUUGGAGGGUAGAUCUGGGAGGCAGCUUAAUGUUGAUUUAGAUGUUCUAUUAUAUUCUAAUAUGAGAUACCUUACCUUCUAGUCUGCUGCUUUCCAUGUCUUAUUAUUUGGAUUCUUCCUUUUUGGUUGGAAGCUUCUAUAUCUGCAAUAGUAAAGAAGAUAGUUUGAAUCUUGAGUGAGAUAUGUUAGUUCCUUUUUGUUAUUUAAUUUAAUUAUGCAAUUUGGGA